AUGUCUUGGAUAAUCGUUAAGAAUCUUCCUUCCAAACAUGUGACAGAGGAACGACUUCGAGAUGUCUUUUCACGAAAAGGAGAAAUCGCAGACGUGAAAUUGAAGCGUAAAAGUGAUGGCAAAAGUAGACAAUUUGCUUAUAUUGGCUUUCGUACUGAACAAGAAGCUCAAGAUGCUAUCACAUAUGUUAACAAGUGUUUCAUUGAUACUUAUCGAAUAUCUGUUGAGGUUGCGGACCCUCCUCCGAGGGAAGAAGGGAAGGAAAAUACUGAACAUUUUUCUAAUGCUUAUGCUAAAGGAGACAAAAAGAUUAAGAAGAAACCAGAGGUCUCGCCCGAUGGUGCUGAUGAGCCUAACAAAGCGAAAAUAUCAUUAUUAGAUUCUAAAAAGACUAGAAAGAUUAAAGUUGUUGCUCUCGUUGGUGAUGAUGUUUCUGAUAUGGAAUACUACAAGAGUCGGACAAAGAAAAAUCUGUCGGAUUCGGACAGUGAUUGUGAAACUUAUGGUUGUGAAGAUGCAAUUCAUGUUUUUCCUAUUGAUGGGGAUAUUGAAGCUGACAGAGUUGACAAAGAGUUUACAAUUCAUGUUUUCGGAUUCGGACAUCAGGAUGUUGUUUUCCUUGAACCGAUUGAGGCACGUGAAGCUCUGAAGGGAAUGGGCGUACAAGCGUUACAAAGAUGCUCCCCUGUAUCUGGGGCUCCUAGAGAUAUUCUUGAGCCAAAAGCACUUGCCGAUAACAAUGAAAAUACGAGUGAUGUUGAAGAAAAUGAUGUGAGAAGAAGACUCAACUUGGAUCAGCAGGUUGGAAUCGAUUCGGAUAUAACUGAGGUAUGCCCACUUUAUGAUUGCUGUGGACGUUUUGAAACCAUGUAUUCUGAACUUCAAGACACUGAUGAGAGUUUGAAGAAGCAUUUGACUGAACUGGUGAAGCAGGGAAAGAUUCUGAGUUUUAAGGGAACUGUUGUGGAUGGGCAUGCUUUGAUCUUGAGCUUCUCUAAAAACAAGCCGAGUGGAACGGUUGGGAAAGAUUUAGACAAGGACACAAUUUUGACAAAGUUACAUGUGAAAAAUAUAGCUUUUGAAGCAACUAUGAAAGAAGUAAGACAGCUUUUCACUCCAUUUGGACAGAUCAAGAGCGUUGGGCUUCCAGAGAGGACUAAGGGAAGAUAUGCUGCCUGUUCAUCUUUGACAUCCUUGAAUGCAUCCUCAACUCGCUAUUUGCCGUCUUUGCAGGUGAUCGAGUGGAAAAAGGUUGACAAUAGCAUGAAGGCGAUCCGAUAUCGUUCUGCUGCCAAGUAUGUGGAUCAAGAAAACAAUAAUCCAAAGAAAAGGAAAAGCUCGACAGUUGUUGGUUAA